UUUUAAAAAUUAAAUUUAAAAGGUAAGAUCUGGAAGGAUUAUUUUUAGACAACAUGAUCUCAAAUUUUUAAUUCAUAGUUUCACUAAUUUUAAAAAAGAAUAAUAUAAGUAAACAAUAAAAAUGUCAAAUGUAGCACGUGGAACACGUGACUCCCUUAUAUCUCAGUUUUAUUGGUGUUUUAAGAAAACAAAAAAUAAAUGAAUAAAUUAAAUAAAUUCCCAUUAGCAAAGGUAUUAUUAAGAUCUGGCAGCUUCAUUUUCAACCCAAAAUCAAAACAGAACCUUAGAAGAAGCAGAAGAACGAAAUCUAUAAAUAUGAGUUUCUCUAAGCUUUUGGUUCCUUUUCUUCUCCUUGCUUUCAUCUCAUUGUCGUCGAUCCCUCUCGCCUGUGCUCAAAAAUCUCUCUCCGCCUACGAUAUUCUCCAGCAGUACGGCUUCCCUGUCGGCAUUCUUCCCGUCGGUGUUACUGGCUACGAGUUCAACAAAGCCACCGGAGAGUUCAGCCUCUUUUUGAAUCGGAAGUGCAGAUUCUGGAUCGAUUCCUACGAAUUGGAGUACAAACCUACCGUCAAGGGCGUGAUUUCUCAAGGCGUAAUCAAAAAUUUGAAAGGUGUUAGUGUUAAGAUCUUGUUGAUUUGGUUCAACAUCGUUGAAGUCGUUAGCGAUAGUGAUGAACUUCGAUUCUCCAUCGGAGUUGCCUCUGCUAAUUUUCCGAUUAAUAGUUUCUAUGAAUCGCCGCAGUGUGGAUGUGGAUUUGACUGCGACAAGGUUGGGAGCUUGGUUUCGGCUUCUUGAAAUUUGGUAAUAUAUGUGUUUAAUAAUUUAUGGAGUGUUUUGU